AUGGAGGUGUUUGGGGAUGAUGGAGAGGAAUUGGAGCAACUUUGCAGUAGGAUUUCCCUGACGGAAAGGGAAAAGGUUGGGAUCUCGAUAGAUGAUAGUGAAGUAGCAGAGGCCAAGUUGCAAGGGAACCGAUGCCUGGUAGGGAGGCUCUGGACGGAGAAGGGGAUAAACAAGGAAGCAUUCAAGUCAGUGCUAUCUAGACUUUGGCGAAUCUCAAGUCGGGUGAGUUUUAAAGAAGUCCUGGACAAACUAUGGCUUUUUGAGUUUGCGGACAAGACUGAUAAGAGGCGAGUGCUGGUAGGAAGACCGUGGUCGUUUGAUAGGCAGAUUCUGGUGCUUAAGGAGUUUGAGGGGCGUGUCCCUCCUUCGAAAAUGGAUUUGCGGUCGUCUCCAUUCUGGAUUCAGGUGCAUGACAUGCCGCUCCUUUGCAUGACAAAAGGGGUGGGGAGCAAGAUUGGACAGUCCUUGGGAGAGCUUGAAGAUGUGGAUGUUGCAGGGGAUUAUGUAGGAUGA